AUGUCCUGCCAGUCGUUAGCUGCUCGCGCGUUCGCCGAGCCAGACAAGGACAGCAUGACUCACUGCGCAAGUUUCCACAGGUCUGUGCGGUUCAGUUCGGACUCACGCAGUUCGAACAGAACCUCCAAUGAACAAGAUACGAAAAGGGAAACCCCUGGCUCGAUAUCGUUGACGGCGUUGACAGUCACCCCGGUGACGUCACAGAGCUCCGCCAUGAGCCAGUCUGCGCCGUCAGCGUCAGCUACGUACGACAAAGAUGAUGCGGAUUCGCCAUCAGUACCCUCCUGCCGCUUCCCGAAGCUGGAGGAGUGCGCGCACUUCCAUUACGAGAGGGUCUCCCUCGGGGGACUCAGUAUAGAGACUGUGCCCUGUGAAGAGAAGUGUCAGGACUCUUUGGACGAAGGUUGGAUCUGCCUAAAGGUCCGUUCUCACGUGAGCUCGUCAGACGAGAGCGAGUCUCGAGCGCUCAGCUCCAGCUGGACCGAGGCUAGUGAUGUCAGGGAGUGGACUCUCACCAGGAAUAGGGAGAACUUCCUCCAGCUCGAUGACAUGCUGCACAGGUGCAUAUACGACCGCAAGGUGUCGGGGCUGCCCAACCUGCGCACGUCUCUGGCGCGGGGCUGCGGCGCGCUGGAGUACGCGCGCCUCAUCAGCGACUACGUGCACCACCUCUCCAUCAUCGCCGACGACUCCAUCAACUGCGGGCCCGUACUCAACUGGCUGCAGAUGGACAAUAAAGGUCACAAGCUACUGGUGGCCAACGAAGACUCGUCCUCCAUCAACACGCCGGCUGUAGCCGCUGCGUACUCCGUCAGGAAAUAUGUUUCGCAGGCACGCGACGAAAUCAGCUUCGAAGUUGGCGACAUGAUUUCCAUAAUAGAUAUGCCAGGUCCUCAGGAGUCGCUGUGGUGGCGCGGCAAGCGUGGCUUCCGCGUGGGGUUCUUCCCCCACCACUGCGUCGCCGUCAUCGGGGACAAAGUACCGCGUCACAUGACACAACCGCCUCCUAUAGUGGGAUCCCUGGCAGUGGCUCCAAUCAAGCCAGUACUCCGCAAGCACGGCAAGCUGAUAUCCCUCUUCCGUUCUUUCAUCCUCUCGCGACCCUCCCGGAGGAGUCUGAAGCAGCAAGGUAUACUCCGAGAGAGGGUCUUCGGCUGUGACCUCGGAGAACAUCUGCUAAACUGUGGUCAGGAAGGUAGUGAUUUGCCGCAGGUGCUGCUGACGUGCGCGUCGCUGAUCGAGGCGCGCGGGCCCGUGGACGGCGUGUACCGGCUGUCGGGCGGCGCCGGGCUCACGCAGCGCCUGCGCGCCGCCUUCGACGCGGGCGCGCCCCCCGACCUCGCCGCGCCGCCCCUGCACGCGGCGCUCGCGCGCGACCCGCACGCCGUGCCCUCGCUGCUCAAGUGCUACUUCCGGGAGCUACCGAACCCUCUGUGUACUUACCAGCUAUACGAGAGUUUUGUGAGUGCUGUGCAACAAGGGGAUGAAGCUGCGCGAUUAAAAGCCGUCAGGGACACCGUCGUCAAACUACCACCACCACACUACAGGACCCUGGCGUACCUGAUGCGGCACCUGCGGCGCGUGUCGCUGCUGGGCGCGCAGACGGGCAUGACGGCGCGCAACAUGGCCAUCGUGUGGGCGCCCAACCUGCUGCGGGCCCCGCGCCCACAGCACGCGCUGCAGGGCGUCGCCGUGCAGGCGGUGGUGACAGAGUUCCUGAUCUGCUAUGCUGAGGAGUUGUUCGCUGAAGAGCAAGACGCUGACUCCGGACCUGAGUCGCUGGAACAAGAUCGAUGUGAGUCUCUAGUGGAGUUACGCGGUAAUGAGUCCUGCAGGCGACCGAAGAGUUUGCCGAUCAAUCCGCCCACCAAACUGUUGAGCCUGGAGGAGGCGCGACGGCGAGGGUCGCGGGGCGGAGGCUCGGGCGGGGGGGCCGGGGCGGGCACGCCGGGCGCGCGCCUGCCCCCCCCCUCGGGCGCCAUCGCCGCCGCCGCAGCCGCGCAGCAGCAGCUCCGGCCCUCCUCGCACCUGCGCCCCAAGUACAUCGAGGUCGGUUCCGGUCCCAACAACUUACCGCAGUACCACACCGUGUUAGAUCUCCCAGUACCAGGUAAACGCGGGCUGAAGCGUUCUCCUUCGGGUUGGCGUGGCUUAUUCACCCGCAGUAAGCAGCAGAGAGCCCGCGCCGUUCGCCCCAGCAUCGCACUUACGCCCAGCCCCCCCACUCCUCCACUGGAUACACCUAUGCUGGGAGCUGCUUUGAGACCAGUUAAGUCUUGUGAAUCCUUGACUUCCGAUACGGACACCCUCGCUCCACUCACUGAAAGAGUUGCUGCACCUCUCAAGCAUCACACCAGGUCAUCAUCUUGCGACUCUUACUUCGAGCCGUGGCAGGCGGAGCUGGCCGACAUGCGCCUGCGCCUCUCUCCGCAAGAGAGAGACCACCAUAUGUUCAGCGAAGAGGACGAUACACAGAUUCAUCUUAACAAUGCACAGGAGUCGGUGUGCUCGAGCCCGCCCGAGUCGGGGCUGUGCAGCGUCGAGCCCAGCCCGCGCCGCGCGCUGCGCGUGGACGUGCACGCCGCCAACGAGCUCGCCGAGCGGCGUCGCGCCACCCUAGAAGAACAGCUAUCCCAGAUCGGCUACAUAGACGGGGAGUCCCCUCGUGCUCGCCCCCCUCCAGAGAAGCGUCACUCCGCCAGACCUCCCUCUCCCCACCACACUGACAUCGCUAAACGGUUGUGCAAAGACAGGGACAGUCCGAGAGCAUCGCUGAUAGACUUCCCAACUUCAAUGGGAAAUGUUAAACUGAGAGAGAGAAACUCACCGCGUAAGACAAAAUCCACCCGUUAUAGCGGCAUGCAUCUCGAUACAGACAAACAGACCAACCGUCUCAGUUGGCAAGGAAAGGACGGCCAUUCGACAUUAAUAAAAAUUGAUUGGCCUAACGAACACUCUGUUAGCACCCUAACGAAUUCCACAAUAAAUUCAAGUCCCAUCACCCCUGUCACACCUGUAUACGACCCGUUAGAAAGCGAUUCAGAAGUGAGCGAUACGAACAAACACACUAUACAAAUAACAUCAGAACUAUCCGACUGUGACAAUUGUGACGAAGAAAAAUGUUUGAAAUGUGAAUUAGAAGCUACAGAUUAUGAAAAUUUAAAAGAUUUCACCGAGAAUUUACACGAUAGCUUAGAGCACAGUCCACUCCAAACCGACAUUAGCUAUCAGAAUUUGAAUAGACUGUCCGCUGUGUCCAACUCAUCCAAUUCAGAUCAUACAGAUAAGAAGAAAGAUGAAAACGAGGCUAUGAAAGUUAUGACGUCAUCACACGAAAGCUCUUCGAGCUAUUCAAACGUCAGUUUGACGAAAGGUGAUGAACUGUACGAGUGUUACAACUUUACAAGACCGAAUUAUAUUAAUUUACAAUCUUCUAGCACAAGUAAAAGUUCCCCAGGAUCACCGUUGAAAAGCCCAUUGAAAUCUACCAUUAGUAUUACAUUUCGAUCACCGACGAAAACUAAUAAUUUCGAAGAAACUCCCACCAACGACAGAGAUUCAGUUUACGAAGAUAUUGAUCUAGAAAAGAAUUUGUCUAUAGUGGAAGAAGCCACUGUGCCUCAAAGCGAUGCCUGCUUACCAACACAACAGGCCUGCCAACCUGAUGAUAUACAGGACCUGAUCAUCCUAGAAACGCCGACAGAGACGAAUCUAGGAGAGGAUGUUGAUGUAUACAGCCAAGUUAAGUUCUUCAAACAGAGUAUAGAUGAAGUUAAUGCAAUGGUGUUACCAGAAGAUAGACAUUACGAAAAUAUCGCUUUUGAAAAACAAAAUGAUUACGAAAAUAUUAAUGUUGACACACUUAAAAUAUGUGAUAAGGAUCUUGAAAUUAAUGACAUAGAUAAUACUGAAAACGGAAUAGACAAUGGUAAUUUUAAAAGCAUGAAUGUAAGAGAGUUGGCUAUAAGAUUUGAGAGUCCCACGGAACUGAAAUCUCAAUUUACAUUCGAAAAAUUCAAAGCUGAAAUUAAAUAUCCAAGUUUAGAACGAAAAGAAGAGAAAAGAGUAGUAGAAGCGAAGAAGAAUGACUCAAAACCUCCCACUGUGCCACCGACGUCUUAUAAACUAUCGAAAAACUCUGCUAGAUCUUUAGACGAGAAUGCUUUUGUCAAAGAAUUUGGUAAUGAGCAAAAUGAUAGACGAAAAAGUUUAGAAGUAAAAGUAUCUAGCAAAAAACUUCCAGACUUAAAUUUAAAUACUGUAGAAAACGAAAACAAAGUGGUUAUUACCCCUACGAGUGAAAACAAGAUCUCCCUCGUACAGCGAUUCGAUCGUCCAGACAUCAAAAGUCUUAUAACUCUAGAUACAGAUAAAAAAUUAAGCAGAGAACGAAUAGAGAAAUACAAAGAAGAACGCAGAUUAUUCCUUAGGGAGAAAUAUAGCUCACAAUCAUUUAGAAGCAAUCCAGAACAGUUAACAAGAAUAAAAAUUAGAAAAGAUAAAGAAGACAAAGUAGAAGAGUGUGAUAAGCUAAAAGAAGAAUUGCCUAAAUUCGAGAGGAGAAAUACGGUUGAUCUUGGACAGAGAAUGAGAUUUAGUCUUGCUAAGAGCAGUAAUAAUCUGGAGUCUAUACAAUCUCUUUCUCCCGACAAAGAGUUCGUGGUAGAUGGGGGAGAGUUUGACAGAAAAGAAAAAGUUUCCCCGUCUUAUAACAUAAGGGAUAUGGCAGCGAUAUUCGAACAAAAAUCUCACCCCAACACGGGUUGA